AUGGCGACAUUCAUGGCGACAACUGAGCGUGCCCUGCAUGCGUUAGCCACCGCUGAUCCUCUGAAGUGUCUUAUUGAUCCUCCAAGUGAAAUGCCCGACCAGCGCAACCUCGCUCCAGGCCCCUCGCCAACAUCCAGCAGCCACAGCCCGGGGCAAGAACAAUCGCUGUGCAAGCACCAAGCAGAAGCCUCCAACUCGACCAUAGUCCCCGACGAACACUCAGCCGCAGGCCCAUGGAAAAAACGUGUCUCAACAGCCUGUCUGGCGUGCAAGAAAUCGAAACGAAAGUGCUCAGGCACGUCCCCUUGCACUAAUUGCAUUACUUUCCACCGGGCGUGCAUCUUCGAUGAAUCGCUCGACCAGAGGAGAAGGGUUGCUGCGAAACGUACCGCUGAUGAACUUUCUUACCACCGCGAUCUUCUACAUGAUCUAUUUACCCUGGUGCGCGAGGCGGAUCCCGCUGCGGGCUUGAGACUUCUUGAGCUUAUUCGCGGGAAUGCGAGUGCCGAGGAUGUGAGAGAGUAUAUUAAUGAAGCGCUUGCGUCGUUGAGUCGGGUUGCGUCGGAGUCUGCUGCGUCUGGGUCGGUGUCUGCUGUAUCGGCCUCCAGCUCAGCAUUUGGACUUGGACUUGCGGCGUCUGCCCCAGAAGAUCCUGCGAAAGAAAAGGUUCAAGCAACAAUCUCCAAGUUGGAAGAUAUGAAGGAAAUCAUCAAUGUGGAAGGGAAUGACCCGCCCUUCCGGAGUAAAGUGAUGGACCUGAAUUACCUUUGCGAUGAGGCGCCCAUCAAAGUUCCCGCGAAGCCGUGGACGAGUGUCACAGAUGAUGAUGAUCUGGUUUCUCAUCUGGUCUCGCUUUAUUUUACCUGGGAUUAUCCGUUUCAUGCGUUUUUAGAUCGUGAUGUGUUUUUGAAGUGUAUGGUGGCUCCUGGUGGGGGAAGUGAGUUUUGUAGUGCGUUUUUGGUAAAUGCACUUUUGAGUAAUGCCUGUUAUUUCUCCGAGUUCUCCGAGGCAUAUCUCGUCCCAGGUGACAUCUCCUCAAAAGGAAGUGAAUUCCUAGCCGAGGCUGAGCGGCUGAAAGAGGAAGUCCCCUCAAGACCUAGCCUAGCAACACUGCAAGGUACACUGCUGAUGUAUGAGCGGUAUGCCAUGUCCCGUGAUGAUGAUCUGGGGUAUAUCAUGCUGCACGAGGCGAUAUCAAUGGGCGAGACGCUCGGACUAGUCGGGCAUAAUGGUCCACGCAUGACCAGUGAACAGCUUUCGCGAGAUAUGGAUGCUUCUUGUCGGAGGACGGCGUGGGGGCUGUUUAAUAUCGAUACAAUGGUUCAUACCGGCUUUCUGCGCCCCUGUCUUAUUUCCCAGGUCAAUCUGCACCGUGUUGAGCGAGACGUUCAUCUGGAUCAGGAUGUUUGGAGGCCUUAUCCCUCUCAUCGCGAGUGUCGCCCGUCUGAAAUCAGCUUGUACUUUGAGGAGGCGUGUAAUCUCUCCACGAUUGCCCGGGAUAUCUCGCGCAGUAUGUUUUCGGCGGAGCGUGUUGGGCAAAGGUUGAGCCGGGAGGAUUUGUAUGAGCGGUUGAUGCGGUGGAGGAAGUUACUGCCGGGAGAGUUCGACGAGGACAUGCCGCCGCACCUGGUCUUGCUUCUAAUGCGCUACAACACCCUCGUCGUCAACCUCUUCAGCUGCAUCUCCGAAGACAUCUCGACCGACGUCCCCAAGACCCCCGAAAGCCCACGCCAGUCGCCCGCUAUCAAGUACAAUGCCUGGCAAGUAACAUCGACUGCAGCCCGGGGCAUCGCAUCCCUCGCACGUCUACACCGUCGCGAGUACGGAAUGAGCCGCGCUCACCCCUUCGCCCUCUACGCCGUCAACUUGGCCCUCUUCACCAUGAUGGAGCAGGAAUCGUUCGAUGUUCUCGAUCAGGACUUCCUCUCGCUCGCCAGUGCCUUCUCCAUCAUUGCCAGCCGCUCAGUGCUAGGUCGAAACCUCUUCCAUAUCUUCCGGCAGUCUGUACGGGCCAAGGCCCAGGGCGAGCGCAUCCGAGAUCUACAGUCGGUGCCUGACGAGCUCAAGGAUCUAUUCGACGAAACGCCGACGAAUCGGGGACACGCGCGCUUCAACGACUACGCGGAAGGCCUGGAGAAGCUUAACCGAGACGGCAAGUACCACAGAAUUAGUGAGGGCCAGAGCCUCCAGGACUACCCCGGUCUGAGCUUGUCAGAUAUGCUCGAUCGAUAUGAGAGUCUCAGUCUUGGCAAGGACGAUGUCUUGCCCGAAAGGCAUCGGCCAGCCCCGUGCUAG